CAGGUACCUGAAGAGAAGUGUCAGGAGUACGGACAGACAGACUCAGCAUCACAGCAACAAUGGCCUCAUCAGUCCUGGGGAUGGUCAAGGAGGAGGUGACCUGUCCUAUCUGUCUGGACCUCAUGGUGGAGCCUGUGAGUGCAGAUUGUGGUCACAGCUUCUGCCGAGCCUGCAUCACACUGAACUACGAGUCCAACAAAGGCGAAGAAGGAGAGAGCAUCUGCCCUGUAUGUCGAGAUAGUUACCUGUUUGGGAAUCUGAGGCCCAAUUGGCAUGUGGCCAACAUAGUGGAGAGGCUAACAGGGCUCAAGACAAGCUCAGGGGAGGAGCAGAAGGUGAAUGUCUGUGCAAAGCAUGGAGAGAAGCUCCAGCUCUUCUGUGAGAAGGACAUGAUGGCCAUCUGCUGGCUUUGUGAGAGAUCUCAGGAGUACUGUGGUCACCAAACAGCUCUCAUUGAAGAGGUGGCCACUAAAUACAAGGUGAUGCUCCAGUCUGCCCUGGAGAUGCAGAUGGCUAAUGAGGAAAGAUGUGACCAGUGGGAAGAUGACCUUCAAAAGGAGAGAACUUUCUGGGAGAAAAAAAUACAGAGCAAUGUAGAAAAGGUCCAGAAGAAGUUUAAAGAAAUGCACGAAUUCCUGUAUUCGGAGGAGAAGAAUAAGCUGCAGAAGCUGAGGCAAAAGGAGGAAGACAUUGUCAAAAGACUGGAAAAGUCUGAAAAUGAGCUGGUGAAGCAGAGGGAGACAGUGAGUGACCUCAUCUCAGAUCUGGAGCAUGGGCUGCAGUGCUCAUCCAUAGAGAUGCUGCAGGGUGUGAAUUGUGUCCUAACAAGGAGUCAGACCUUAAGUCUGAAACAGCCCAAAAUGAUUCCAAGAAAACAGAGAAAGAUCUUCCGAGCUCCAGAUCUGAAAAGCAUGAUGCAAGUCUUUCAAGGGCUCCGGGAUGCCCAGUGCUACUGGGUUCACGUGAACCUGCUUCAACACAGCAAUAAAAACAUUGUCAUUAAUGUGGACAAAAGACAAAUACAACAUAGAAGUGGCUAUAGAAGAAAUUUGCAAGUUUCUGAGUCCUAUGAUUUAGGUGUCCUAGGGUAUCCAGCUAUCUACUCAGGGAAACAUUAUUGGGAAGUAGACGUGUCUAGAUGUGAUGCCUGGAUCCUGGGAAUAAAUGAUGGAAGAUGUGCUAAACCCCAGCUUCAUGCAGUGAAUCAAAAGGGCUUCAGAGUCAUAAAAAAUUCUGUUGUUAAACAGGAUGUAAAAUAUCAGCCCCAAUAUGGCUACUGGGUUAUAGGAAUUACAAACAAGUCUGUAUAUAACGUCUUUGAGGUGUGCUCUGUCCCUCAAAAUGCUAGUGUCUCGUUCCCUUCUCUGACUGGCUCUCCCACUCGUGUUGGAGUUUUCCUGGACCGAGAAGCUUGCACUCUCACGUUUUAUGAUGUUUCCAACCAUGGAGCUCCUAUCCAUAGAUUCUGUGACUGUUCUUCCUCUGGUGCGGUUUAUCCAUAUUUUAACCCUAUGGAGUCAUCAGAGCCAAUGACAGUCUGUGGGCCACCCUCCUAACCCCUCACACAAUGUCCCAUGUCUGAUGUAGCUCAAAUACCUGAAGUCCAUGGUAUCAUUACAGUUUUUUUCUAUCUUUGGUUGUAAGAAACCAUGGCCUAGCUACCCUGAGAUGCAUUUGUUAUAAGUUUUUCAGGUUAGAGUCCAUGGCUCCUGCAAUACAAUGUGACUUUCAGUUUCUGAGAUACUGAUGCACUCCCCCUAACAGUGAAGCAUUCAUUCUACUUCGUGUUGCUCUGUAGGUUUCCUUAGUAGUCAAGGAAACAUAGAAGCUUGACAGGACCGUAGGUCUUAGACAUUAAUCUUGGGUACCCUGUAUACAUUCCAAACAUCAUUGUUUCCUGGAAACUACAACUGUAUUGAUCCUGGAAAUUAUGAUGAUAUUCUGUAUAAAAAGUUUGAUUGCUCUCAACAAAAUUGUCACAGCCUCUCUCUUGCAGUGGCCCCUCCAAUCUAGGCCUUGUUUCAUUCCUUAUGGCCAUAUCAGGUGACCUUGGCCUGGUAAGUAAGAACUGGCACUAACAUCUGGUCUUGCUAUUUUAAUACCUUACACUUUAAAUACAAACAAGUGUGGAUUCUUUUCCUUGAUCCAGUUACUUGUCUGUUUACAAGACAAUGGCAAUUCAUCUCUUUCCAUAUU